CAAUUGUCUACGUGUGCAAAUUUCUAACUAAUUUGUUUUACGUUUAAAUGAGCAAAUACCAGCAGCAAAAAUAAAACCGCUGACUGGCUGGUGGACCAAAAAAUAAAUGUUAUGACCUGCACUGCAAUGGCAAUUGACUGGCUUGGAUUUGGCUAUGCUGCAGCCAUAGCCCUGGGGGGAUUCAUGGGGUACAAGAAAAAAGGUAGUGUCAUGUCACUGAUAGCUGGGAUAUUGUUUGGCAGCAUGGCCACCUAUGGGGCCUUAAUGAUUUCAUAUGACCCAACCAAGACUUUCUAUUCCCUCGUUGCCUCAGGAGUGCUGACAAUAGUGAUGGGAAUGAGAUUCAAGAAAUCUGGGAAAAUAAUGCCAGCUGGCAUCAUGGCAGGACUAAGAUAAGCAUCAGUGCUUGAAGUUGAACACCUCAUACACAGUCUUUACAUAGAAGUCAUCUGGUUGAGGCUUUCUCUUGCUGCCUGGCUGCAGGAACUUCUGAAUAGCUGGCAGGCUUUUCAUCCUCCCUUGAAAAGCCUGAAAAAAUAAUUUGCACCCAAUCAAGAAUGAAUCAAAUGAAGUAUUUAUGGAUAUUUUGACCUUUCUUUCAGAUAUGCUGCUGACUAUGUCCUAAUUAUCUCUCCUUCCUCCCAAAGUGUGCCUGGGUUCACUUUCCUUAACCGAUUUGAAAGGAAAUGACAGUCAAAUAAAUAUGCCUCCACCAAUCCAAUGCUUUUAGAUUUGUGGGAAGUAGUGAACGAGGGCAUACUUGAGAGAUUAUUGAGACGCAGUACAGUACAUUUAAUAUAGACAGGGUGUUGUAGCAGUACAUUCAAAACAGUAUGGCCAGACUUAUGUUUAUCUGUAUGAAAAUGUGCAGCAGGUAUGCAAUAUUCAUAUGCUGUUUGGGUUAUGUGAACCUGUAACAUGUUUUGAUGAGAUGCACUUYAAAUGUAUCAAGAUUUGUCUAAUAACUUAUUUUGUCAAGAACAAAAUACAUUUGUAMUAAACUUUA